AUGGCGGAGACGGCGAUCACGACGGUGCUGGCGAAGGUGGCGGAGCUGGUGGCGUGGGAGGCGGCGGUGCUGCUGGAGGUGGGCGACGACGUGCGCCUGCUCCGCGACAAGCUCGAGUGGCUCCACACCUUCAUCCGCGACGCCGACCGCAGGCGCCGCCUCCGUGACGACGAGUUCGUCGCCGUCUGGGUGCGCCAGACCCGCGACGUCGCCUUCGAGGCCGAGGACGCGCUCGACGACUUCCUCCACCGCGCCGGGCGCCGCCGUCGGCACCGCGGCCCGGCCCCGCCGCUCCCCGGCACGGGGGCGCGCUGCUCCGGGUGGCGCUGGAGCUGGCGCCGCUGGCGGCCGCGCUGCGCGGGGCUGCAGGUCGCGCUCCGCCACGACCUCUCGGCGCGCGUCCGCCAGAUCAGGAAGCGGCUCGACGAGAUCUCCGCCAACCGCGCCGCCUACCACAUCGAGCACGCCGCCUCGCCCGCCUGGGCCGCCUCCUCCGCCACCACCCUCGCCGCCUGGUACGAUCUGGAAGAGUACACCGUCGGCUUCGGCAAGUACAGCGACAUGCUCAGGGAGCAGCUGCUCGACGUCGACGCCGUCCCCGGCCGCGCCCUCGUCUCCAUCGUCGGCGAGAGCAGCAUCGGCAAGACCACGCUCGCGCGCAAGGUCUACCAGAGCCCCGAGGUCCGCAACCACUUCGCCAUACGCACCUGGACCGUGCUCCCUCCCAACAGCCGCCCCGCCGACGUGCUCCGCGACAUCCACCGGCAGGCCACCUCCCAGCUCCGCCGGUCCCCGUCCAACGGCCAGAGCGCGGAGGACGGCGGCUGCGACGCCAAGGGCGGCAAGGACAUCAGCAACUCGCUGUUCCGGAACAUGACCGGCAGGCGGUACCUUGUCGUCGUGGACGGCAGCAUCGCCGUCGCCGACUGGAACAGCCUCCGUGCGUCGCUCCCCGACGAGGGCAACGGCAGCAGGGUGGUGCUGGUCACCGACGCGGCGGGGCUGGAGGUGGUGGGCUACGCCGGCGGGCCGACGUACGACCCCAUCGAGCUCACGCGGCUCAGCCCGGAGAACACGUACGAACUGUUCCGGCGCCGGGUGUUCGGCCUCCGCGGCGACUGCCCCGGCCGCUACAAGUCAAGGUACUACCAGGACGUGUUCCGGAUCACCCGCGGCCUGCCGCUCUCCGUCGUCGUCCUCGCCGGCGUGCUCCGGUCCAAGGAGCUGCCUGCGGAGUGGGACCAGGUGAUGGCGCAGCUGCUGGCGGCCAAGGACCAGCCGCAGCAUUGCAAGAGCGGGAGCGGCGGUGCCCGGCGCAUCAUGUCGCUGGCGUUCGACGACCUGCCGCACCACCUCAAGUCGUGCUUCCUCUACUUCGCGGCGAUGCCGGAGAGCGCCCCCGUGGACGCGGCGAGGCUGGUGCGGCUGUGGGUGGCCGAGGGGUUCGUGCGGCCGCGGCGCGGGAGCACCAUGGAGGAGGUCGGGCAGGGGUACCUCAAGGAGCUCAUCUCCCGGUGCAUGGUGCAGCUGGUGGACAAGGACGAGUUCGCCACCGUGACGGCGGUGGUGGUGCACGACCGCCUCCACGCUUUCGCGCAGGAAGAGGCUCAGGAGGCGUGCUUCGUCGAGAGCCACGACAGCACCGACGUGCUCGCCCCGGCCACCGUGCGCCGCCUCGCCGUCCAGAACACCACGGACAGGCACGUCCACCUCGGCAACGCGCUGCCCAAGCUCCGCACCAUCGUCUGCGACUUCGCCAGCGGCGGUGCCGCGAAGCCCAGCGUCUGCAUCCACUCCACCGACCUGGGCUUCCUCCACGCGUCCAAGUUCCUCCGCGUCAUCGACAUCCAUGGCCUCGAGCUCAAGAAGCUUCCAGACGAGCUCGGCUCGAUGAUCCACAUAAGGUACCUGGGCCUCCAGUGCGGGCAGCUGGAGAGGCUGCCGAGCACGAUAAGCAAGCUGGUGAACCUGCAGUCGCUGAUCCUCAAGGGCCGGAGCGGCGGCGUGCUGGGCGUGACCGCCGCGUUCUGGACGAUCCCGACGCUGCGGCACGUGGUGGCGCCGUUCGCGCUGCCCAGGUGCCUGGGCGACCUGUACAGCCUCCAGACGCUCCACGGCGUGCAGCCGCGCGGCUGGGACACGCGCGCCGUCGCCGGCAACCCGCUGGGGAGGGCCACCAACCUCCGGUCGCUGGAGCUGAGCGGGCUGACGGCCGCGAACGCCGGAACGCUGGUGACGGCGCUGGAGAGCCUGGACCUGCUGGUGCACCUGGUGCUGCAGGGCGAGUCGCUGCCGCCGGCCGUGUUCACCGUCGCGAGCCUGCGGCGGCUGCAGAGCCUGAGGCUGGUGGGGGCCAUGGAGGAGGAGGAUGAUGCUGAUGGCGCCGACGAGGUGGCGGUCCGGUACAUCCGGCCGAACCUGACGCGGCUGUCGAUGUGGGGCACGAUGGUGGGGCAGGGGUUCGUGGACAUGCUGGGCGAGCUGCCGAGCCUGGCGGAGCUAACGCUGAUGUGGGGCGCGUACGAGGGCGAGCGGCUGGAGUUCGGGGACGGCGCGUUCCGCAGCCUGCAGAAGCUGAGGCUGGGGCUGCCGGACCUGGAGGAGUGGGCGGUGAGCGCCGGGUCGAUGGCGGCGCUGGCCCGGCUGACGCUGCUGCGGUGCGCCAAGAUGGAGAUGCUCCCGGAGGCGCUGGGCGGGAUGAAGGAGCUGGAGGAGGUGGUGCUGUACAGCAUGCCCAAGAUGGUGGGGAGGAUCAAGGAGGACGGCGGCCAGGACCACCACAAGAUCAAGCACGUCCCCGUCAUCCAGACCAUCUGGUAG